GAUAUUCUCAAUUGAUUAUCAUAAGCCACUUUGCUCAUCACAGCUGUAAGUUAGGAUGAGAAGCAGUAGGAGAGCAAGUCUUAGAAAUAAUGGGGAUUUAAUUGAUCAUAUUUGCUCAUACUUUACUUAAGGAUAUCUAGAUACAUUAGAGUGAAAGUACAAAAGAAUGGUUUAAACCAGAAACACUAACAAAUAACAAUAACAAAACCUUCAAACAUGAAUCGUCAACUGAGCAGCACUACAGGAAGCGUGAAUGGCAGCACAAGCUUGCUACGGCAAACAAGCAACCCCGGUAUCAAUGGCAACAGUAACAACAAUAAAACAUUAAGCUUAAACCGACAAUCGAGUAGCCCAAGCAACUACAGCAGCACAGGUCCAACAUUUCUACGCCAGUCGAGUAACAGUCUGAAAUUGCCAAAUGGUGGAAUAGAGGGCAGCACUGGGAGUUUGAAAAGAAAUCGCCCAUUGAGUACAAUCAGCAAUGGGAGCCUGAAGGUGAAUGGAAAACUAGAGUUGGAUAGAUCUAUAUCCAGGACAAGUUCAUAUGGUUCAGAAGAUGAAGAACCAAUGUGCUGUUUCUGCCCAGUUUGCUUAGAGAGAUAUGUCCCUAAUGAGAAGCAUCCAUUGUUGAUGGAUUGUGGCCAUUCUAUGUGUAGUGGAUGUUUCCAACAGAAAAUCAAAACCAGAAAGGGACCAGUAGGAAGCUUCCCUUGCCCUGAAUGUGAAACCACCAUACAUCCGAAAAAAGAUGGCGAGAAAACAAAUGAAUAUGUUAUCCAGACAUUAGAAUACUAUGAACAACGACGUGUCAAACACUCCAUAACCUACAACUGUAUUUUAUGUCAUCGAAUUGGAAAACCCGAUCAGGAAGCUGUUAAUAUCUGUUUGAUAUGCAAUGAGCGAUAUUGUGAAGAUUGCACAAAGCCGCAUCAAUUUUCCCGCGCUACCCAAGACCAUGAGAUCCUCCCCCUGAGUGAGUAUCUGAGUGGAGACCCACGUCAGAUUUACAGCAAGUUUCCUGUGUAUUGUGCAGUGCAUCCAGACCAGAAACAGGAGUACUUCUGUCAGAACGAUGACUGCAAGAUUUGCAUAUGUAUGAAGUGUCGCAACAGCAAACACCACAUGCACCACUGCAUUGAGAUCAAGGAGAAGGCAGGACAAGGCAGAGAUAUGCUGGAACAGCUUGCAGUUGCCACAAGGAAACGUGUGGAGCACAUACAAGAGACCAAAGACAUGGUACUUGAUAGCAAGACACUCCUUAUGAAAGAACACUCCAAAGCAGUUAAUGUUAUUGAUGAACAUGCUGAAGAGAUCAUCAAGAAUGUUCAAUGGCAAGCUGAGGUGUGCAAGGAACAUCUAAAGAGCCAGGUAGAUAGCAACUUACAAGGCCUUGAAGACCUUUGCGAGACACUCAACACAAAACAAACACUUGCUAACAAUCUCUUUGAGAAAGCUGUUCAUGAAUUCAACGACAACAACCUUGUGAGCAUUGUGGGUAAUAUGGAACUGCGGAAGAGGCAGUUGCAUGAUUGGAAGAAUAGACCAGCUUUGGUUAACAGCGUCAGUAAGAUUGCAAUCAAGUUUUCACCUGGGAAUCUACGAGAGAUGAUCAAUAAGAACUUUGGUGCAGUAGAGGUGACAUCACAGGCUCAGGUGACCAUAGAAAGUGAGCACCAGGUGAUUAAACCUCAACUAGUGAAGCAGGUUGAGUUGGACCAUGCAUGUUGGGGCAUAGCUAAAACACCAGCAGGUGACCUUGCUAUUGCAGUCAAUGAUGUUGGUGUGCAGAUAUUUGAUGAAGAGCUAGAGCUGAAGUCAAAGUUCCAAGUGAAAAAACCCAAUGACAUCACAUGUCUUGACUCUGGUGAACUGGUGGUAACUUGCAGUACUAAAGCCAAUGAUAUCAAGCUCUUCAAACAAGAUGGCACCUUUGUCAAGGACAUCUGCUAUGGAGUGAAUAAACCACAAGGCCUGACACACCACAAGAAAGUUGGGCUUAUUGCCCUCGGGCGCUACCCUGAGGCCAUCUAUCUAUGUACCCAGGAAGGUGGAAUCAAGAAAACUGUAAGGAAUGGUAAGCUCAGUUGUGUUAACCACGUCGCCUUUAACCCUGCGAAAAACCACAUCGUCGUAUCUGAUGUGAACAACCAUGCAGUGUAUGUGAUGGAUCAAGAAGGUACAAUUAUAGCUCAAUACGGCGGCACUCAGGGAGAUGAGGAGAAUGAGCUGGAUGGCCCUAAAGGUGUCUGUGUCACCGAGGAUCAUAUCAUUGUCGCAGAUAACCACAAUCACAGAGUGGUUCUCCUUUCACACAAUGGUCAAUUUGUUAAAACCCUCCUUAACAAACAAGAUGGCAUACUGUUCCCCGCAAAUGUUGCAAUCGAUAGAAAUGGAGAUUUAGUUGUCGGAGAGAGCCAUUCCUUAAGCAACAGGAAGAAUCACUUGCAUAUCUUCAAAUAUAUUGUCUAGAAAGUAUGUUCAAUGGUAUGCCCAUGUUUUAGAACAUCAAAAUAGACAGACUAUUACAGAAUAAGGAUAACAAAUGUUAGUUCCAUAGUCCAAAAUGCAGGAGAAUGUCAAAACUUUUCAGGGAGUGGAAAUAGCUUAACCACAAAAGUAAACGUUGUAACAAUGAGAAAUCAACAGACAAAAAUCAAGCAUCCAUCGUAAUAUAUACCAUAAAUCUUUGUUACGAUUCUAUAUACCGAUGAACCAAAUGUUCUAGUUAUUGUGAAGUCACAUAUCAUAUUUGAAUUUUAAAUAUUAAACAUCC